UAUAGGGACACUAAGAGACAACUACUAUAUAAACGUACUAUAAACAUACCAAGAAUAGAUCUACAAGUUAUUGGAGACCUACCACGUAUAAAAUCCCCUCAAAGAUUUAUGCGAUUAAAUAAACGAUGGAUUUCAACAUCAACAAAUAGACUGCCCAUUAAUGACAAAAAUACAGUACUUAUUGCAGCUAAAAUGCUUGAUCAGAAGAAGAUUCCUAAAAGUUGGAAUGACGAUUUAAGUAAUCCUCUGUCUGCUGUGUAUCAACAAUUAUCUGAAGAUUAUUGCGAAUUCCUUACAAAUAUAUUUCAAAUGUCCAAUGUCAGUGAAUUAAAGCAUCCUAUGUGCACAUUUUUACAAUUCAAGAAAGGCUCUAUCAUAUCUGAAGCUUUGUUCAGUUUUAAGGCAUCUAUAAAUGCUGAAUUUUCACAUGUUGAUAUGAUUCAGAUGCUUAUAAAUGGAUUACAUAAUCUUCAAGAUAUUUUAAUGAAUACUUCACAACCAAUGAGUUUUGAAUUUCAAAUUGAAAUGAAUAGUCUACCAGGCAAUGAAGUUACGAACUCCUCUCAGGUCACAGUUGAAAUUCCACAAAAUAACGCAACCUCACCUGAUACCAAUAAUAACAGUUCAUUAUCACCUCUCGAGUUUACACUUCAAAUGUUCGUCAAUAAUGAAUCACUUUCAUGGGACGAAGGAUUGUUGGAUCCCAGCUCAGAGAUUUACCAGAAUAUUUCUAAAGCAGUCUGCAAUGCUAUUUUAAAAACUCUUCAAAAUGAAGGAAAUUUAUUACAAUGGAGAUUUACAAUUCAAAAUAUAUCAUUCCUUCCAAAUACUGGUUAUGUUACAGUCUGGAUAACUGCAGACGAUAACAGCGGUGAUGUAAAUGCAUUAAAAUUGUACUACCUUCAUGAGUUUAUAUCAAGAUUGUUUAUUCAACAAAUGAAUUUACCAGAUUCUAAUAGCACAGAGCCUAUUGUAAUUUUACCUCUAUAUCUGGAAUUCGAUCAAGGUGAAUCAGAAUACAGUAGUUUGUCAAUGUCUGACUAUAUGGAUACUACUAUUCCGACUAUGCUUGAUGAGAGAACAAAUAUUACCAUGUCAUAAUAUACUUAUGUAUUUUACGAAUUAAUAAACAACUCUGAAAUGUCAGGUCUUCAUUUAGUGUUUAGUGUUGCAGUUCACCGUCAUAUCAGUGAAGAGAACAGA